AUGUCUUCCACACCAAUGGACCUCGAUGCCCCUGGUUCAUCGACUCCCAAUGGAAUCAAUCUUAAUAGGGUCAUUGGCGGCCCAUCGAACACCACGUCCCAAUUGAGCGACGUCAUAAGUACAUUCAGACCCACCAAGCUCUUCCGCCGAGAAGAUGUCAAGGACGGCCAACCUAGACCGCGUGUCCUCUCGCUGGACUUUGACGACCCCGGCGAGCUUCUCAUGACGUCCGAGAGCGACGAGACGAUCCAGAUCUACAACGUCAAGGAUGGGCUGCACAACAAGACGUUAUUAAGCAAAAAGUACGGAGUAAAGCUCGCCAGGUUUACGCAUACAAGCUCCAGCAUCAUCUACGCUAGUACCAAACAAAAUGAUGCUAUAAGAUACCUUGCAACUCACGACAACUCCUUCAUUCGAUACUUCGAGGGCCACGAGGGCCGAGUGACCUGCCUCACCAUGCACCCAGGACAUGAUAACUUCAUCUCGUGUAGCCUUGACAAUACCGUUCGCCUGUGGAACAUAUCCACCAAGCAAUGGGUCGGCCAGCUCUUCCUCAACACUCCCUACCUAGCCGCCUACGACCCUUCGGGGAACAUCUUCGCCGUGGCCUCCCCCAGCAGCGGCACCGUCCUCCUCUACGACUGCAAGAACUUUGACAAGGCCCCCUUCUCCGUGUUCGACGUCGUCGAGCAGUGCAAGGAUUACGACCGGCAAUGGCUCCUCAAGGGCUGGACCAAACUCGAGUUCUCCAACGACGGCAAGUCUCUCUUGCUCGGCACAAAGGGGCCCGGCCACUUCCUCCUCGACGCCUUCGACGGCACUCUGAAGGCCUUCCUGCGCAAACCCGAAGGCGGCACUACUAGACUGGCCCCCGGGGAGACUACGACGGCGAACGGUUCGUCUGGCGGCAGUCCCGGUGGCGGCGCAUCGAUGGAGAGCAGUGGUGACUGCUGCUUCACGCCCGACGGUCGGUUCGUGCUCAGUGGCUCGAGGAAGGACGUGUUAGGUUGGGAUAUCAAGCAUGCGGGUGAGAACAAGGUGCUCGAUCCGACCUUUGUACUCGAGGAGAAGAGGGAGGCGGCGGUCAUUGAGUUCAAUCCUAGGUAUAACCAUUUUGCGACAGCGGAUGAGGAUGUGAUUUUCUGGGUCCCCGAUCUAGGCUACUGA